AUGAGCGGACACGACUCCAAGUACUUCUCCACUACGAAAAAGGGCGAAAUCCCUGAGCUCAAGGAAGAACUCAAUUCUCAGUACAAGGAUAAGAGAAAAGAUGCUGUUAAAAAAGUUAUUGCUGCCAUGACUGUUGGGAAGGACGUUUCAUCACUGUUUACUGAUGUAGUGAAUUGCAUGCAAACUGAAAACUUAGAACUCAAGAAGCUUGUCUAUUUGUAUCUUAUUAAUUAUGCUAAAAGCCAGCCAGACCUAGCAAUUCUUGCAGUAAAUACAUUUGUGAAGGAUUCACAGGACCCAAAUCCUUUGAUCCGUGCUUUGGCCGUACGGACGAUGGGAUGCAUUCGUGUUGAUAAAAUCACAGAAUAUCUAUGUGAUCCCCUUCAGAGGUGUCUCAAGGAUGAUGAUCCAUAUGUUCGCAAGACGGCAGCUAUAUGUGUUGCUAAACUUUACGACAUAAAUGCUGAGCUAGUUGAGGAUCGGGGAUUUCUGGAAGCUCUCAAGGAUUUAAUAUCUGACAAUAAUCCAAUGGUUGUAGCAAAUGCCGUUGCAGCUCUUGCAGAGAUUCAAGAUAACAGUAGCGGGCCCAUCUUUGAGAUCACCAGCCACACACUUUCAAAGCUCCUUACUGCCCUAAAUGAAUGCACCGAGUGAGUUUAUGUUUCAAAUAUUUGUCACUUUGUUCUGUAAUCUGAAAAACAUAUGCUGUUUUUUGACCUUGUGUAACUUGCCAUUUUUGGUAAAUUGUGCUUGUUUGAUUGGUAGAAUGAAGCUGAAGUUGCCAUUUGUCAUUAUGUAGCUGAUGUUGGUUGAAAAUACGUAACAUGUUCCCUCAGUUAUUGAUGAAGGAAAGAGAUUAUGUUUCAGUUCACUUCUUCCUUCUUUGUUUGUAAAGCAUUAUAAAUUCCAUAUGUGAAUUCGAAUGGAGCAGAUUGAUCAUUUAUUUACUUCUUAUUCAUCUUUGAAACAGUUCAGGAUAUUGACACUAAUUAUUGUGUUCUUGAAGCUUUACCAUCCACUGAUUGGCUUUGCUUGUAAUAUUUCUUGAGCUGCAACUAUUGAUCAUCAAAUCUGGUAUAAUUCACCCCAUUGGUCUUUAGUUGGAAGAAUACAUCAUUGAUUUUGAUGUUCUUGAACAUUAUGUAUUCUUACAAUUUUUACAUAAGGCGGGAAGAUGAUAUCUUGAGAAGAUACAUCUAGGGCCCUCAACAAAUAGGGGCAUCACAAGUUCCGUGAACUUUGUAAGUGAUGAUAGUUAGAUAAGAGUGAAGGUGCAGUAGCCUGGAUUUUGUCAGUUGAAUGAUAGGUACUUCAUGCUGAAUAGCAAUGAUGAUCGCAAUAUACUUGUAUCUGAUCCAAAGUUCUGUUGAUUAUAGUUGAUCAAAUGUGGAUUUUGUUAAAACUAUAUGCUAUGUUUUUAAGAAUUAUGUUUGGUUUUGAUUUCAUAUAUCUUGGUCAUGCAUAUGUUCUGUGGAACUUCUGCUGAGUACGACCUUCUGUUUUUUUUGCUUGUUGAAUGUCAACUAUGA